CCGUUGGAACAGUCGUGCCUGAGAAAAACCCAUCUCUAUUUUCUCGGCAGACAAACACAUCCAAGAAAAUUACACACACCAAAGAGAGAGAGAGAGAUCCAUAAAAGGAAUAAACUUUCGAAUACCCAAUUACCCGUAGAGAUAUGUGAAGCAGAUAGAGAGAGAGGGAGAGAGAUUCGUUGAUGCUUCAAACGAUGUCGUUUCGUGAGAAGACGCCGACGAGCCCCAAGUCGCCGCUGCGGCGGCGGCGCUCGAGCUGGUCCGACGCCUGGAUCAACAACGCGUCUCCUCUCAAGAACGUCGUCUGCGCUAUGCCGGUUCAGUCGUCGAGCUUCAAGUCCAAAACCCUAACCCGUAAUUUCUCCAUCGAUCGAACACUCGCUUUGUCCGACGCCCUCAUGCUCAAGAUUCUGGAGAAGCUUCCCGAUUCCCAGAAAAACGCCGUUCCCCUCGUCUGCAAGCGGUGGAUGAAUCUCCAGGGAGGUUUUGUACGGACGAUUAAGGUUUUGGAUUGGGAUUUCCUCCUCUCUGGUAGGCUGAUUUCGAGGUUUCCGAAGCUGUCCCAUGUCGAUCUGGUAAGCGCCUGUCUGAAUUCUCCUCGGAGUUCGGGUAUUUUGCUCAAUCACAUGGGGAUCUCUUUUCAUAUCCCUUCCGAUCUCUCGUCGAAUUGGGAUUUUGCGGAGGAAAAUCUAUUGCCUAAUGACAUGGUCGAUAGAGGGCUAAGAGCAUUAAGCAGAGGGGGUUGUAAUUUGCGCAAACUUAUAGUGAUUAAUGCUACUGAAUUGGGAUUAUUAGGUCUAGCUGAAGAGUGUUUGGAUUUGCAAGAGCUUGAAUUGCACAAGUGUAAUGAUAAUCUCUUGCGUGGAAUCGCUGCCUGCGAGAAUCUGCAAGCAUUGAGAUUGAUAGGCAGAGUAGAUGCAUUGUAUAGUUCAUCAGUGUCUGAUAUCGGUUUAACGAUUCUAGCACAAGGGUGUAAGAGACUAGUGAAGCUCGAGCUUAGCGGGUGUGAAGGCGGUUUCGAUGGGAUGAAAGCCAUCGGUCAAUGCUGCGAAAUGCUCGACGAGCUCGUCAUUUGCGACCACAGAAUGGAAGAUGGUUGGCUGGCAGCUCUGUCUUACUUUGACAAUCUGAAGAAGUUGAGAAUCACGUCGUGCAGAAAGAUCGACCCUUGUCCCGGACCAGAACACGUGCUCGGUUCUUGUCCAGCUCUGGAGCGUUUGCAUCUGAACAAGUGUUGUCUAAAUGACAAGAACGGCGGUGUGAGGGCAUUGUUUAGAAUAUGCGAAGAAGCAGCACAUGUUUCUUUUCAAGACUGCUGGGGAUUAGACAACGAUGCUUUCAGCGAGGCUAAGGCUUUCAGGAGGGUAAGAUAUCUGUCAUUAGAAGGGUGCUCUCGGCUAACGACGGAUGGGUUAGAGUCAGUCAUUCUGCACUGGGAAGAGCUCGAGAGCUUGAGAGUGGAGUCGUGCAAGAGCAUAAAGGACGGUGAAAUUUCUCUGGCUCUCUCCUCGCUGUUCUCUCUUCUCAAAGAACUGACGUGGAGGCCGGACACAAGAUCUCAUCUCUCUUCUGUUCUUGAGAGCACUGCCAUUGGAAGGAGAGGCAGCAAAUUCUUCAAGAAGAGAUGAGUUACUAAUCAUUGCAUACAUACAUAUAUGUGUGUAUGUAUAUAUAUGUAUGUAUAUGCCUUAAAACUCUUCAUGUUUCAAGUAAAACAUGCUCAGAUUACUCUCGCUGAGUGUUCAGUGACAUCUGGAAACACUCGGAUUAUGUAUUAGUAUCAGUGCUCUCUCUAUAUUGUACAAUAACAAACGUCUUCCUGUUUUGGAUUUAUCUGAUCCCA